GGGCAGGUAAUUACAAAUGGCUUCUCGUUUUGUAUUUGUGCAGUAAUUAUUGGUGGUUAACAAAUAUGGAUAGUUUUUUGUUUUAUAAAAUAGUUUAGAAAGUGAGUGUAAUGAACUGUUUAUAGUUUAACAGUUAAAAUAUUUAUCAGUGUAAUUAUUACGAAGUGAGAUAAAACAUUUUCAUUUGUUUCUGAUGAAAUAAUGUAAUAUAAUGGCAAGCACAGAGCAAAUAGGUUUGAACAAAACAUGGGAAUUAUCCCUGUACGAACUUCAUAGAACACCUCAGGAUGCUAUAACAGAUAAUACAGAAAUUGCAGUUUCUCCACGAAGUUUACACAGUGAGUUAAUGUGCCCUAUUUGUCUGGACAUGUUGAAGAAAACAAUGACAACAAAAGAGUGUCUGCAUCGAUUUUGUUCUGAUUGCAUUAUUACAGCGUUAAGAUCUGGCAAUAAAGAGUGCCCUACGUGUCGCAAAAAGUUAGUUUCAAAGAGGUCCUUACGACCUGAUCCAAAUUUUGAUUUGCUUAUUUCAAAAAUAUACCCAAGUCGAGAUGAAUAUGAAGCACAUCAAGAAAGGGUUCUUGCAAAACUCAACAAAAGCCAUUCUCAAGCUGCUUUAGUUAAUUCAAUAACUGAAGGGAUAAAAUUACAAAGCCAAAACAGACCAAACCGUUCAAGAAAGAACAAUGAAGAUGCCAGGGAAAAUAGUGGAGCUAACACCCAAAAUGACAAUAAUCAAGGAAAUGAGAAUUCGAAUAGCCAAAGUUCUCAAAACUCUGGAACAACAACAGUUGCAACUACAACAGCCAAUACAUCCACAACAAACCUUGCACCGACAACUAAUUCUGGAGCGACUGCCCCAAGUCCUACCCCUAAGUCAGGUCGUAGUACACCUUCCCAGCCUCCCAGUCCCGUUUCCUCAGUUCACAGUUCCAUCAGUAAAUCCAUAGGGAAACGUCCCAAAAGUAAUUUAACAUCAGAAAGGAGCGAAGAGAGCGAAUCCAGCGAGAGAACUGAACAGACAGAUACGGAAGGGGAAGGUCCAUCCGAGCCCACGACUUUAAACGAAAUCGAGUUGGUAUUCAAACCGCAUCCCACCGAAAUGGCAGGCGAUAACCAACUGGUAAAGGCUCUCAAAGAGAAUUCAAUUCGUUAUAUUAAGACUACAGCCAAUGCAACAGUUGAUCAUCUUCAUAAGUACUUAGCAAUGAGAUUAACCAUUGAUUUGGAUACACAGUUGUCGCAGACACACCAUUUGCUAAACUUUUGUAUAUACAUUUCUCCGUCAACUGGUCAGUAUGUUCAGUUAAAUGGCAAUCAAACUUUAGGGCAAGUCAAUGAUAAAUAUUGGAAAGUAAAUAAGCCAUUGGAAAUGUAUUAUUCCUGGAAGAAGACAUAGGGAACCCGAAAGGGGGCAAAAUAAACCCCCAAAAAUAAAAUAGGCACCUUGAAAAGGAUGUGAUUAGUACCUAAUGCUUUUUAUACAAAUUGUACGUUUCUUAUGCAUUUAUAAAAACGUUUAGUGCCAACUUUACCGAUUAAUCAGUUAGUUUUUGGUGCGACACUUAUCAAAAUUAGUCGGAAUCGUUCUUAUUCAACCUUAAAAGGCAUUACUACUCCUAAUAAGCAAUUACUGAUAAACAGUAAUGAUAAGUAUAUUCCUUUUACACAGUACAUAAUUAUCUACAUAAGUUGUAUGUAAAGCAGUUAUUACAGCAUUUUACAAUAAUUAAACACAAAUAUUCAUGUUUAUGUAAUAUUACAGUUAUAUUAGCGAACAGGUCUGCAAUUUGUGUACUUUCGCCGUGAAAAUAAAGUGGAAUUUAAACUGAUAAAACUUUUCUUUAUAUGAGGCAAAACAUCUCAAAGUGAGCUCUAAAUUAAGCCUUUAUGAGCACAGUCCAGGGUUGCUUCUCCUUCUCUAAGAGCACCGAUAGAGUCGUUUACCCGACGUUUCGCUGACUUCCUCAGAGAACGUGGAGUGGGUGUGAAAUACUUCGCUGUGGUUGUGUUUUUUAAGCCCCUGCUACAUUCCCUGAGGAUUCUCACGACUCACCGAAGGUGGAAGACCAAUCCUGGACCACCACCAAACCGCAAUAUCGAAACUUUUCUAAAUAACAUCCAUCGCAUUUUCAGUAACACAUUUCAUUUGAAAACUAUUUAAAAAUACACCUAUCUAUCUGAUAAUGAUAAUAGUUAUCUGUUCCUCGAAAAUGCAACAGAUAGUGCAUUACUAAACUACUGCAGUUCUGUUUAAACUUUGAGAACUUGAUACAUCACAAAUUAAAUUAAAACUAAAUAUGGCUGAAAGAAUCCUAAGUGACCCAAAUCAAAGGAAUUUCUUUAAAGGGUUCCUAGUAGAUUUAAGAAAAGAGGAAGAGCUCCUAACUUUGAUAACUUUGUGGGAAAAGGUCUGUAAAGAUGAGACUGAAAUUUCUAAAAAGGAAGAGGACUAUUUACGUAAUCAAUUAAAAGUAGAUAAUCUAAAUAAUUUAAAGAAGGACCUACAUAAAGCUUGUGUUGCAAGAAUAGUCAAGUUGAUGCCCGCUUAUAAACGCUUUUUUAUAAGUGUGAACUAAAUAAUUAAUAAAAUAAAUGGUAUGAAAUU